CCCCCCCCCCCCCCCCCCCCCCCCCCCUCGAUAUCCAUCCUCCUCCCGCACGCAGAAUUAGAUCAGGGCGACCGGGCCAGGGAGGAUGGAGAACAGCAGCGGCCGGGAGGUGCUUCCGAACGGAGGAGGAGCCGGGGGGAUGGGCAACGGCGCGGCGAACGGGCGGGCGGUGCAGGCGCUGCAGCGGAGCUUCGCCGAGGUGCAGGUGAUCCUGGAGAAGAACCGGAUUCUGAUCCAGGAGAUCACCCAGAACCAGGAGUCGCUCGAGGCCGGCGGCCUCAGCCGCAACGUCGCCCUCAUCCGCGAGCUCAACAGCAACAUCGCCCGCGUCGUCGACCUCUACAACGCCCUCUCCUGCUCCUUCUCCAGCUCCCUCACCAACGGCUCCGCCCCCGCUGCCUCCGACGCCUCCAAGGGGGCCUACAAGAGGCCGCGCCCUGCCCAAUAGAAGAGACAGACCGUCGGCGCCCUCUUCUCCUCUGUCAGAUUUAGAUUUCUGCUGUGGCCAUCCAUGGCCAGGGCUCAGCGGCAGGCAGAUUUGAGACUUCCUCUUUUUUUUCUUUUUCUUCUUCGUUUUCUUCUUUGUUUUAGCGUUGAGCUGAGAGAUAUGGACAUGGGCAGCUUGUUGUCAGAGAUGAAACAAAGAUGCAGGCAGCAGUGUGUGGCUGUAUCAGUA